CGUGGGUCCAACCGCGGGCUGCGGGAGCGCCAUCGGCGGCUGGAACACCCCCGCGGGCACCGGGGGCUCAUCCGGCCCGAGGCAGGGGAAGAUCAGGUGCCGGAGAGAGCUGAGAACUUGGAGUGUCUGGCACCUCAGCCCUGGAUUUGGCAGCGGUUAGAGGAAGCAGACGUGAGGGAAGGAAACGUUUCUGAGCCGGCUGGUUGUUCACCAUGACUGUGGCUGUUCUGCUCCUCCUGGGGCUGGGGCUGUUGGGGGCAGAAGGCAGAAGAAACAGAUGUUACUUCAACCGCACUCAGGAGCGCUGUGUGUGCUACAACCUGUCCGAGGAGACUGCGGGCAGCCUUAUCCAGUGCCUCGCUGCAACUGUGGUGGAGUUUCGGGGGGGAGAUGUGGAGAAAUACAUAGCCUUCCCCAUCAGGGACCUGGACGACUCUGCCAUUGAGACUCUGGGCUCCCUUAUCAUCCAGAAAGUAAUUAUUGCUGAUGUGCUGGUGCCUGAGAUCCUCCUGGCCCGCGUGCUGAGGUUCUUCUCCUACACCCACGUGAAGGAGCUGGUGUUUGACAGCUGUGUUUUCCAGGGCACAGGUGACUGGCAUGAAAUGGACGGCCAGAGCUUGCCCAUAUUGUCCCUGAGCUUCAACAACGUGACAUCUGCCCCGCUGAUGGGCAAUGAACAGGCCUUCUCCAGCCUGAGCACGUGGCUGGAGACGCUGCAGGAGCUGGCUGUCACCAGCUCCAGUGUUACCAGCCUGCCCUGUGCCAUUGGAAAGGUGUUCAGAGCUCUGCACACCCUGGACCUGGCACAAAACAGCCUCGGGGAUGAGAGCCUGACACCUGCCUUCUGCCAGGGAGCUUUCCCUCAGCUCCAGGUGCUGAGUCUGCAGCACAACAACCUGACGUCCUACCACAGUGUGUGUGAGGGGGUGCAGCUACUGCAGGGGCUCCAGAACCUCAAUCUCAGCCAGAACAAGCUCAUGGCAGACCCAUCCUCCUCCUGCCAGUGGCCAGCAUCCCUCCGGAUCUUUAACCUGUCCCACACUGGCUUGGAGGAAGUGCUGACACCUCUGCCUCCCAACCUGGAGGUGCUGGACAUGAGCCACAACCACCUCCAUGCCGUGGACAUCUCCCUCAGCUCCCUGAAGAAGCUCUUCCUGAGCCAAAACCUGUUGCAGGCCGUCCCCUCCCUCAGGAAUUACCCCGUGCUGGACACCCUCCACCUGGACAACAAUUCCAUCACAGAGCUGCCGUGGGAUGAGGUGACGCUCCUGGGGCGUCUGCAGAACGUGACUGCGGCCAACAACCCCUUCAGCUGCUCGUGCUCCGGGGCUGGGGGGCUGCAGGCACUGGCAGCCACGGGGCACCUGGGGCAGGGCUGGCCACAGGACUACACGUGCCAGUCCCCGCCGGGCUACCAGGGCUGGCAGGUGGUGGCCGUGCCGGUGUCGGUGCUGCGGUGUCGCCGCGCCGCCGUGGUCGCCCCGCUCUGCGUGGCCCUGGCCCUGCUGGGCCUGGCAGGGGCCCUCUGCCUGCUCAGGGUCAGGCCCUGCCACAGGGCCAAGCAGGAUGUCAGCGUGCGAGCAGCCGUGGGGCUCCACCAGGCAGCAGUGUUUUCAGGGCCGGGGGAGAGCUGGGCAGAUGGCAUGGAGGACACCCUGCAGCUCCUCUUCGCUGGGAAGGAGCCCCAGGAGAAGGUCCUGGAGUUGGCAAGACCGCAGCUGGCCCUGGUUCCCCUUGGCUACAGCGUGUCCCUGCUGUUGUGGGACCCCCACGGCCCUGGGACACAGCUGCCCUUCCAGAGUGUCCUCUGGCAGGUGAUUGACACCAUCUUCCAAGAACUGGAGGCCUUGGGGGAUGACACACAGAGCCUGCAGACAGUCAGCCUGGUCCAGGUCAGCACCCACGACAAAGCCUGGGACCUGCUCCGUCCUGAUGGCCGAGCCCUGCAAGUGAUGGAUGUCACACCCCUGGGCCUGAUGGUGGAGGAGGCCACGGAAAUCGCCGUGCCCGAUGCCCAAGCUGCCAUCAGUGCCUAUGCCAGGGGGCUGGCUGCCAUCCCAGCGCUGUUCCAGGGGUGUGCACGGCAGCCCCUCGCAGACGGGCGCUCAGUGCAGGGGGCCGGCAGCCUCUUCACUCUCACCGUGGAGCGGGAGCUGGAGGCUGGCAGGUGCCAGCGCUCGGCCCUCAGGAUCCUGGUGUCCCCAGGGGCCACGGGGCCCUGCCCCAGGCUGGAACCUGACACAGGCUGCCAGCCCUGGAUUGUGGAGCGGCUGCUGGAGGGGAACAGCCUGACGUUCCUGCUGCUGUGUGUGUCACUGCCAGACACCUCCAGGGAGGAGAUCCUGGGAGCCCUGGGGCUGGCUGAGAGGGUGAAGGGGCUGGCCAAGACCAUCUCCGCCACACUCUGGGACCCUGCAGAGGAGAUCACGGCGCGCCGGAGGGAGAUCCGAGGGCUGCGGAUGGAGCUCCUGGCUGGAACUGCCCUCCCAGAGCAGAGGACAGCUGUGGCCCAGCUGCGGAGAGCCCUGAGGGAGCUGCAGGUGCUGAAGAGUCAAAGGUGGGAGAAGAAGCAGGCGGUGGCUGAGGUGCUCCGGUCAAGUGAGAUGCAUCAGCCCAGUGCCAAGGUGGGCAGAGAUCAGGCCAGGCCCCCUCACCCGGGGACAGCCCAGGUGCAGGAGAAACCCUGA